AACAGAAUGCUGAAUAAAUUUGCGCUCAUACGCAAUGAGUGCCAACAAAAUAUCUACGUGGUGUUGUUGUUGUCGACAUUGGUGUUGACAGGCAUUACCCUGUACAAUGCCUUUUAUAAGGCGCAUCGAUUGCAUGGUGAAGAUAAUUUUAAUCGCAUAUCGCUGGAUCUGAAUGAAAUUGCAGAGGUACGCCUGACAGAGUCCAUUGAUCGUUCAAGGCCGCGACGUGAUAAUUGUACAAUAUGGACGUGCAUGGAUCCAUACAGAUGUGGCCAUGACCAUAUAACUGUGUAUGUAUAUCCCCUGCAAGAAUAUAUCGAUGCCAAUAGUGGAGUGGAAGCGGCACCCUUGACACAGGAAUUCUAUCAGAUUUUGGAAACAAUUGUCAAGAGCCCCUACUAUACAACAAAUCCCAAUGAGGCUUGCCUGUUUGUGCCCAGCAUUGAUUUGAUUAAUCAAAAUAACAUUAAUUUGGAUUUGGUAAAUCGUGCUCUGGCUUCGUUGAAUUACUGGGAUGAUGGACGGAAUCAUUUGUUGUUCAACAUGUUGCCGGGUGUGUAUCCCACAUUCAAUACGGCGCUGGAUGUUAAUACGGAUCAUGCCAUGAUUGCUGGUGGUGGUUUCGAUUCAUGGUCUUAUCGGCAUGGUUUUGAUAUAUCAAUACCGGUAUGGAGUCCACUGCUGCGUAAACAUCCAGUUACCACAGUGUAUAGUGGUGGUUCGGCGGAUUAUCUGUUGCUUGUGGCCCAAUUGAAUAUUUUACCCAAAAUGAUGUGGAUUCUGCAAGGUUUGGCCGAGGAGAAUUCCAAGGAUAUUUUACUGUUGCAGCAGUGUAAUAGCAAGCCAUCGCGGAAAACAAGAUGUUUGGCGGGGGACAGUGGCCAUGAGAUCUCAUAUCCCAGUGUUUUGCUGAAGGGAACCUUUUGUCUUUUGGGUCCUAGUUUGCGGCUAGGUAAUCCAGAUCUUUUGGAAAUGUUGGCAUUCAACUGUAUACCGGUCAUUGCUGUGGAUAGCUAUAUUUUGCCCUUUGAAGAUGUCAUCGAUUGGUCAUUGGCCUCGGUGAGAAUACGUGAAGCCGAUAUCCAUUUGGUUUUGGAUACGCUGAAAAGUAUAUCCGCCGAAAAGACAGAGGAAAUGAAGCAACAGGGUCGCAGAUUAUAUGAAAAUUAUUUUAAUAGUAUACGAACCCUGACAUUGACCACUUUGGAGUAUAUACAAUGUCGUAUGUUUCCACAUAUGGAACGUAAUAAAAAACAUUGGAAUUUUGUGGAUAGUUCAAAUGGUGUAGCCUUGAAUCCAUUGUUCUUGUCACGGGUUGUCAGUCGCUCGGAUGGUUUUACUGCGGUCAUUUUGACCUAUGACCGGGUGGAGAGUUUAUUUUUAUUAAUUGAAAAAUUGUCCGUGGUGCCAUCACUGCAUGCCAUAUUGGUGGUGUGGAAUAAUCAGCAGAAAGCUCCGCCUCUAUUAUCCAGCUUCCCAGCCAUAUCCCGCCCCAUAAAAGUAAUACAGACCAGCAACAAUCGGUUAUCGAAUCGUUUCUAUCCCUAUAAGGAUAUUGAAACUGAGGCCAUUCUAACCAUUGAUGAUGACAUUAAUAUGCUUACCGAAGAUGAAGUGGAAUUUGGCUACGAAGUAUGGCGCGAAUUUCCCGAUCGCAUUGUUGGCUUCCCCAGCCGCCUACAUGUUUGGGAAAACAUGACCUCCCAUUGGCGUUACGAAUCGGAAUGGACAAAUCAAAUAUCUAUGGUGUUGACGGGGGCCGCCUUCCAUCACAAAUACUGGAGCCAUAUGUACACCUAUCGUAUGCCUGAAGUCAUUAAAGAUAUUGUCGACGGCCGUAUGAAUUGUGAAGAUAUUGCUAUGAAUUUCCUUGUGGCCAAUGUCACAAAUAAACCACCCAUAAAAGUUACGCCACGCAAAAAAUUCAAAUGCCCCGAAUGUGCAAAUAAUGAAAUGCUUUCGGCUGAUUUAAAUCAUAUGCGUGAACGAUCACGUUGCAUCGAUGAAUUUACACAUAUUUAUGGUCGUAUGCCAUUGAGGACGGUGGAGUUUCGUGCUGAUCCGGUAUUGUUUAAGGAUAAUUUCCCUGAGAAAUUGAAACGUUUCAGUGACAUGGGAACACUUUAA